AUGGAUAGAUAUUAUUAUUAUAUUUUUAUAAUUAACUUAUGUUUAUUAAUAGAAGGCCAAUUUUAUUUACCAAAUCAAUGUUUUAUGAGAUUUAAUAAUGCAUCUUUUACAAGUAGUUCUUCAGAUCCAAAUACUAAUAUAUUUAUAUGUCCAUCAUCUUGUUUUACAAUGCAAUAUUUAACUAAUCAACAAGAAUAUCCGAUAUUUGGUAAUGAAACAUAUUCCGGAAAUUCAUUGAUAUGUAAAGCAGCAUAUCAUGAUGGUCGUAUUGCUCCAUGGAUUAAUGAUAUGUCUACAAUAUUAAUAAAAAAUAGUUCAUCACAAUCAUCAACAUUUAUAAGUACAUUAAGAAAUGGAAUUCUUUCAGCUAAAUUAAUGGAUAAUUUAUAUAUAAUGUAUCAGUUCAUUAAUAAUCGAAUAAAUGAAACAUCAAUACCUGAUAUAGCUAUUGAACAUCGAAAAUAUCUUUAUUCUCAAGAUCAAUCAUCAAGUAUAACAUGUCGAAGUAAAAUAGAUUUAAAUCCAAUUCAACCAAUUAAUAUUGAUAAUGGAUGGAAACAUUGGCAAGGAAAUCGCUUAAAAUAUUUUGCACAUCCUCAAAAUUUAACGCGAGAUCAAGCAUUAACAUUUUGUUUAAAUAAUAAUGCUACAUUAAUGUAUUGGUCUAAUUUAACUGAACAAACAAUUCUUCAAGAAAUUCUUUCAACAACAAUUUAUGAAUUAUUUCAUUAUCAAAUAGAUUCAAAUGGAAAUAAUCUAUUAACAUUUUAUGUUGGUUUAAAACAAAUUAAUCAAAUUAAACAAUGGGAAUCUAAUGUUAUUUCAUAUAAUCAAUCAUUUCAAAUAAAUAUAACUUCGGUAAUAAAUGAAGAUGAUGAUUAUUGUACUGUAAUUCAAUCGAAUGGUUCUAAUCUUCAAUCAAUAAAAAUAUAUAAUCAUAGAUGUAAUGAUACAAGUAUAUAUGCAUAUCCACUUUGUCGUCUUUUACCAUCUGUAUAUAAUAAUGCAAAUGAUUUUAUUUAUCGUCUUGAAACAGAUAGUCAAGAAAAAAAUUUAAUUGGUGUCAUUGAUUUUUGUUCUGAAUUAGGUGGAUAUCCAGUUUAUGCAAAUAAUGCCUAUGAAUGGCAAUUAGUUCAAGAAAUAAUGUUAAAAGAUCCAAAUUUUACUGCUGAUUAUGUUUAUACAGGUUUAAUAUCUGAAACAAAACAAGUAAAUAAUGCAUAUUGGAUGCCAAUGAAUAUUUCUUAUAAUAGUACCUUAGAUUAUAUAUGGUUUGCUUCAUAUCGAGGUUCAGAUCGUAUCGGAUAUCAUUUAUCUAAAGCUCGUGAUGAAUCUUAUUAUGGAUUAUAUGAUAUUAAUCCGUAUACAAAUUUAAAUACACUUCGAUUUUGUCGUAAAAAUGAUAUACAAUCAUUAAUACAAGAAUCAUCAUGUAAUUAUCAUUCUUGUAUAUCAACAUGUCGUAAUAUAACACUUCCGAAUUAUACGGAUGAUACAAGAUUUGGUUUUUAUGCUUGUAUACCAAAAACAAGUUUAGUUGGUAUUGUUUAUACACAAUCAUUUCCUACAAAUGGUGAUUUUAUUCGACCUAAUCUUCCUAUGGAUUAUAGUGUUGCACUUCGUCGAAAUUAUAAUCAAUCAUUAAUAUUAAAUUUUCAACAAAUAGAUCCAAUACUUGGUUUAUCAUGUUAUGAAUAUAUAAAUUUUGAUCGAACAUCAACAUUACCAGAUACAAUCCCAUUAUCAUGUGCUUCGUCAAAUACAAAUAAUAUAACAAUGAGUGGAAUUAGUAUUAAACAAAAUUUUAAUACUCUUCUAACAUUUGCUUUACAAGAUAGAAGAAUGUCUGGACAUCAUACAAGAUUUAUUGAUUAUCAAAUUUCUGAUAAUCGAUGUCGUUAUCAAGGAAUAUAUCAUCCAUAUGUAAAUCAAUGUAUUUGUGCACCGGGUUUUUAUGGAAACGAAUGUCAACAUACUUGCCCACCGGGAUAUUAUGGUCAAACUUGCGAUUUUUAUUGCCAAGGUGACGAUGAUUAUUGUAAAGGUUUAUUAAUUUGUUUAUCGGAUCCUUAUGGAUGUUCUUGUUAUACUGGUUGGUAUGGAACAUAUUGUAAUAUAAGUUGUCCAACUAAUCAAUAUGGACCUGAUUGUUCUUACCAAUGUUCUUGUGCAAAUUGUAAUAGAUUUACAGGUGUGUGUGAUUGUAAUGGUACAGAAUGUUAUCAAGGUAAUUAA